UUUUGAAAUGUUUAGCGGUUGAAUUCGUGCUGAAAUAUUAUACACACACACAGUUGGUGUCAAAACCGUGGAAAAUUUGUCUAGAAGAAAACAGUAUCUGGAUUAUUAAAAGACUUGUAAAAAUCAAUAUACAACCUUGAUUUUUAUUAGGUAAAUUUUAAACAUUGUAUCUUUUUUGUAUCAAGUUUAAUUCAGAUUCUGUAUGACAAAAGUCGAAUACCAUGGGUACGGUUGUAGAUUUUUCCUAUUUUGGGGAUUCCCAUAAAUUUUUCACUCAUGCCAUAGUUAAUUCUAGUAUCCCAUUACGAAUGUACAUCGUGUGAUUGAGAUAGAAAUAUAAAGCCCUGGGGCUGGAAAGACACGAUUAUGUAUUACUAUAUACCCACUUCUCUCAAAGCCCCCAUACGUUUUCACAUAAUAUGUCAUUUUAAUACAAUAUUGUACUAUAAACCCAAACAUACACAUCUUUAUUUAUGAAAAUUUCAGAAUAUUUUUCUUUAUUCAGAAAUCCGAGCAUGCAGAUGGUGCAUUUAAGAAACAUAAUAAGGCAACAGAGCCCAGCUGGAACAAGACGAGUGGAAAAUGUGGAUUUGGAUGAAAGGAUCCGCCGGAUACGAGAAGCGAACAGGGAACGAGAAAGAAGAUUUGAAGAAAUUGAACAGGAUAAGAAGUUGGCUUCGGAUCCAGCAUUGAUGGAGAAUAAAUACGAGCAAGACAAAAUGAAAGAAUCGCUGAAAAGUAAUGUCCAAACUGACGUCAAGAGUAAUCAGCUGAAAACCAUGAAAGGCAUACAACCUACUGCCACAAAGAAGAUAGCAAAAGGGCGUGGACAAAAACUCAGAGAGUUGAGCAACCAUCCUUUAAAAGCAGAACGUUUUAAGUCAAGAACAAAAGAUCAGAAUGAGAGCCUUGAGGAAUAUUUGCCCGAGAAGGUAACACUAAUAAAUAACUGCCGUUCAAGUAUUCGGGAGAGAAUUAAAACCAAGAAUAAGGAUUGUACAGCAACAGUGCCUAUGGUCGAAAAUGAAAACACACAAGAGAGUGAUGUUUCUAAGGUUGAUGAUAAAUUAGAUUGUACUCCUCAAGGCCAACAAAAUGAGAUCCCUGAGGAUGAAAUUUUAUUGCAUGAAAAUAAAAACAGUAGUCAAACUACACAAGAGUCUAAUGACACACAACAAUCAGAUGACAUGAAAGAAGAAACUAAGGCAGUAAGUCACAGAGAAAACGUUUCACCCUGUGAAAAAAAUCAACAAAACAGUACUGAGACAGAUCAAUUUUUAGAUAAUACUGAACAAGAAACUAGCGCUUCUAACAGACAGUUGGCUGAAGAACCUACUACACAGAAAAACAAACCUAAAAUUAGAGUAACUUUAAAGAAAACGGCAUCAAGCAGUAGUUUUGACGAGUCCAUGGCUAUGCUGAGCCCGCUAGAUUUGCCACAAAACUGGGGGGAUAUAGACUUUAGUGAUGAUGAACUACCACCUGUGUCGAUCUGGAAGAAUUCCUAAUUACAAUUGUGAAUUAAAUUAGUUGUAUAUAAGUAGUUGCAUGGGAUUUCCAUUCGCAGUAUUUUGCAAAACGUCCCACGUAUGUUUUUAUGUGUCUGGGCUUCAGGGGAAAUAUAUUCUUAAAAAGAAAUUCAAUGUAAAUAUUUACCAAAUUUCUAAAUUAUUUGUAGUCGGUAGUUUGCCUAUAUAAUUAAUUGGCUAGGCCAUGAUCAAUUUUAAGUUAAUUUUUAUUAUUAAUAAUUUUAAAUACUCAAAAUGGUGUAGAUAUAGUAGUAUUUUGUAAUGUUUAUAAUCAUUAAUACUGUAAAAGAAAAUGGUAUGUGAUUGUAGUGAAAAGUUCAGUCUGUCUUUGGCCUAUAGCCCUAUAUUAAUUAAUCAUUUCAAUACUUUAAUCAUCAAGUGUGCAUAUCUACACUACAUCUAUAAUACUUAAUUCUACUACAUGGCAAAGUGUUUCAGUUUUACAAAGCUCCAACAGACUUGAGUUUCGGCACAAGUUUUCCACUACUUUGAAGUUCCGCUGUCUCUGAACCACCGCCGAUAAAUUCUCCACCAAUGAAAACUCGUGGAACCUGGAGAUAAAGACAGAUACUGAUAUAUAAGACACUCAUCAAAGCUUACCGAUUUUAUCAAGUAAUCAAGAUAUCUUCUAACAUUUUGGGGUAUGCACUCCUAUGUAAAAUUGGAUAAUUCCAGUAAAAGUUACUAUCAUAGCCCCUUCGUCACUGGAUGACC